UUUAAAUAAUUAGAUAGACUUGUGUAACACAUUCGAAACUGUGCGCUACCAACCCCUAGCUCGGAUUUCCAGCCUGUCUUAAUCACCUGAUUGUGUUACUAAAGAGUGCAGAAGAUUGUCUUCUCUAAUAAAAAUAUCUACACAUAGUGCAUCUCCCAAUUACACAAGGUACGUGCUGGUUAAACGCAAAUUUAGAAAAGGCUGAAGUUACACCAGUGAAAUCAUGGCUGUUGUCAACAGAAAGAAAACAUAUGCCAUCAUUCGUGCAAUAUACAAUCAUAGCCACUCUCCUGAAGACUUUGAACGUGAAUUAGAUUUUGUAUUAAGUCGUAAAGUAUGUAUGGUCAUUAUUGAACCAGAAUUUCUCGGUGAAGUAACUUGGCGAUGGAUUCGUACUGGCAAUUGGUUACAUAAAACAGCUGUUAUAUCAGGAAUAGCUGCUGUCACUACGGCUGGCAUUGGUUUAAUGUGGAACUGUGCCUUUCCUAGAAUCUACUUUCCGUUAAACCUUGAUGUUUGUUCGCUUCCUACUGUUCGAACAAGUGGUGCCUUGAUUGCAAUUACACCUAGUUUUAUUCGAUUUACUACAACCACAUUGAGUGCCAUUAGUGCUUCUGCUGCAGGAUUGUAUGCUUUACUUUGGCAGUGGGAUCCUUGCUGUAAAUAUCAAGUUGCAUCAUCGCUUGCAUCUCUGCCAGUUGGAAUGGCUUCCUGUGUAACAAGUAAUAGCCAUGCUUCGAUGAAUUCACAUCCAGAUGAUAAUUCACCAGGCAGUGGAAUGAGUAACGAUGACAGUCCCAGUGCUUCCUCGGAACUGAGUCAAACAAGCAAUGAAAAGCGUGUCAGAGUUAUCAUAGCAGAGAAUCGUUCUAAUUCAAGUAGUCCACCAUUGCGUCCAGUCGUUUUAGUUCAUCGAGAUGAUGGAAGACGUAAAAUACUGCAUAAUACAGUUUCUCUAACGUCUAUUUUAGUCGCUUGUUAUAUUAUUUUUAAAUGGUCUAGACAUUAGAGUAUAAUUAGUAACAAUUAUUAUUUUUUUCGUAUCUUUAUCCGUUAAUGUUUAUAUCUGUUUCCUUAUAUGUAACAAACGAAUUAACUUCCUUCACCCGAAAGUUAGCAAACAAUUUCUUCUUUUUACAUACCUUGUUUACCAAUUUUCUUUUUACAGAAAUUCACAUUUAAAUAUCCUGCAGUUUCAUAACAUUUGUAGUAACUAUGGAGUCGGAUUAGUAUUUCUGCAAGCAUUUUUACAGUUCAUAUAAUAUUUCUGCCCUUAUAUUCAUGUUAGUAUGAAUUAAUUUGAUCACUUUAUCAUGGUUAUAGAAUAUUUCUAGUAGGACCGGUUUCUUAUUAUUUCUAUAGUGUAAAUCAAAAAUUUCGCUCCAUUUUAUUAGAAAAAUAAACACACCGCAAAUUGU